GUCACCGAGGAGCGCACCCCUCGAGGAAGUGACGUGUCGAGCCGUGCCAGAGGAAGUUUGUGGCGGCGCUGGGAGAGAAAGUUUCCCCGGAGCAGCUGCGAUUGGAGCGGGACGAACCGUGACACCGUGGACCGAGCGGACCGGAGCGGCGAGAGAGCGCGUCGUGCGGCGCGUGGACGCGUGUGACGGCGCCCGAGAGGCGUGCAGUGGGUUCGUGAGGCCGUGUGAUCGUGUCCUGCUCGCCGAGAGAUGGGGAAGGAGCAGGAGCUGCUGGAGGCGGCGCGCACCGGGAAUCUGCCCGCCGUCGAGAAGCUGCUAUCCGCGAAGAGACAGUCGGGCGGCUCGGCCUCCUCGGGGGGGCCCGGAUCCUCCGGGAAUGUCGGGAGCUCUUCCCACACGCUCUCCAGUCUGCUCAGGCCUGUUGUGUCCGCUCUGUUUGACAGUAUCUGGAGGGGCCCGAAUGUGAACUGUGUGGACAGCACUGGAUACACACCUCUUCACCACGCUGCUUUAAACGGACACAGUGAGGUGGUGGAGGUACUUCUGAGGAACGAGGCUCUGACGAACAUCGCUGAUAACAAGGGCUGUUACCCUCUGCACCUGGCGGCGUGGAAGGGGGACCAGCGAAUCGUCAAACUCCUCAUCCAUCAGGGUCCCUCUCACCCCAAACUCAACGAACAGAGCGCUCUAGACCACACUGAGUUCAAACGCUGUGGCCCAUUUGACCCCUAUAUUAAUGCCAAGAACAAUGACAACGAGACGCCGCUGCACUGUGCGGCUCAGUACGGACACACUCAGGUGGUGCAGCUGCUGCUGGAGGAGCUGACCGACCCCACCAUGCGCAACAACAAGUUUGAGACGCCGCUGGACCUGGCAGCGCUCUACGGCCGGCUGGACGUGGUCAAACUUCUGCUCCGCGCUCAUCCCAACCUGCUCAGCUCCAACACCAAGAAACACACCCCCCUCCACCUGGCCUCCCGCAACGGACACCUGCCGGUGGUGGAGGUGCUGCUGGCCGCCGGCGUGGACAUCAACUACACGACGGAGAAAGGCAGUGCCCUUCAUGAAGCAGCUCUAUAUGGAAAGACAGAAGUAGUACAAAAGCUACUCAACGCAGGGAUCGAUGUGAAUAUCGUGGACGGUAAGAGUCUAACAGCGCUGGACACUGUUAGAGACAUGCCCUCUCAAAAGAGCCGGCAGAUCGCUGCGCUCAUACAAGCUCAUAUGAGCGGCCGUCCGUCAGAAACGAGCCUCCCUCCUCCACCAGUGCCACCUCCUCAAGAGAGCCUGAGCCCCAAGAGAAAAGGAGAAAUGGAGCAGCAGGUCAGUGAGCUCAUAUCCGGUUUGGCUUCGAGCCCUGUGGAAGAGAGUCCGUAUGAAGCUCUGUUUGAGGCGUCCUCGUGUGUCUCUCUGGACAGUCUGGCCAGCGGAAAGUCAUCGGACAGAGACUCGGGACGACCGGACAGCGAAGCCGGCAAGAAAGAGCGCCAUCCUCCACAGAAUCGUCCUGCGCAGGAAGAGGAUCUCAGCUCUGAGGCGGUUUACACUAACAGCAGUGUGGAUGAACACGCCGAGCCUCUGGAUGAGGAAGAGCACACAUAUGAACUCUUAGUCACUGCACAGACCAAAAUGCCCAACAACACACAAAGCAAAGCAGAUGUGGAGGUCUCAGCCAAGUCGUCCAACAGUGUCCUACCUCAGCGAAAGACCACUGCACACACUGACCUGCGACCUGCAGGGUCCAACGCAAACACUCUGCAGCCGCCUGCAGCUCAUUUCAACACAGGACAGACGUCUGGAGAGAGCUCCUCGCACGGUGAGGAUAUAAGCGCUGCUGUUCCUGAGCAGUUCACUGGUCUGCUUCACGGUUCCUCGCCGGUGGUCGACUGUCGGGAGGAAGCAUUCACACUGCCGUCCUCUGAAGCGAAGUCCGGCGCGGCUUCCAGCACUUCGACAUCCGCGAGCUCCGCCCCCCUUCCCCAUCCCAAAUCGGCAGUCACCAUGGAAACAAUUCUCCAGGACACUGACCCCAAAGCUAUCUAUGCCACGGUCCACAAAGAGCCAAGGAGUUCGCCAAAACACCACUCACCAGCGCGCGAUUCUCCACAGACGAGAAGGAUGCCUCCGCCAGGUGAUCUCAAACUAGCGCGUAGCCUUUCGAAGUCUGACUCCGACCUGCUGGUGUCUCCACCCGGUGAGGAAGAGACAGGGUUGGGCGGGCGAAGUGAGUCAGUGUCCAACUGUAGCACCACCAAGAGAAGGCUGGAAAAAUCACCUUCAUUCACUUCAGAAUGGGACGAGAGACAGAGGCAUUCCCUCUCUAUUCCAUGGAGACAGCGGCCGUCCCAAAGAAUUGAGAAGAUCAUGACUCUAAUUGGUGCUGGCAUCGACUUCUCAAAAGACCAGGAGUGCCCUGCCACAGGUGGAUUCGGGAGGCUGCUUGAACAGCCGGUCGGGGAUUGGUUGGAGAAUAUCGGACUUCCGCAGUAUGAGAGCAAGCUACUGCUCAACGGCUUUGACGACCUGCGGUUCAUGGGAAAUGACGUAAUGGAAGAGCAAGACCUGAGAGAGAUUGGCAUCACGGAUCCGGCUCAUCGCAGGAAGAUCCUCAGUGCUGCACGUUCUCUACCAAAGGUGAAAGCGUUAGGCUGUGACGGCAGCACGUCCCUCUCUGCGUGGCUGGACGUCCUGGGUCUUCAGGAAUACCUGCCGAACUUCCUGUCCAGCGGCUAUCGCACGCUAGAAUGUGUGAAGAACCUGUGGGAGCUGGAGAUCGUCAAUGUGCUGAAGAUCACAUUGUUGGGCCACAGGAAAAGGAUUAUUGCAUCGUUAGCUGAACGGCCGUAUGAGGAGCCUCCGGUCAAACCACCCCGCCUCUCUCAGAUCAGAUGUCAGGAUCUCAUGUCCCAGACCUCGUCUCCUCUCAGUCACUCAGACUCCUACACGCGCUCCAUGGAUCCCCUGUUACCUGCUGCUGAUUCUGGGAGGAGGAGGGGUCCCGACUCAGAAUAUGACCUGGCUGUUCGACAGCGGCCCAACGACAGACCACAGCCGCAGGAGAGAUUUGAGGAACGUCAACGGGAGCCUCGCUUGACCUUACGACCCCCGAGUCAGGCGGCGCCGUACACACCGGUCCAGAACUGGCACCAUCAGCCCGAGAAGCUCAUCUUCGAAUCAUGCGGCUACGAGGCCAACUAUCUGGGCUCGAUGCUCAUUAAAGAACUAAGAGGAACAGAGUCAACGCAGGACGCCUGUGCUAAAAUGAGGAGGUCGACAGAACAGAUGAGGAAGAUCCCCACCAUCGUCCUCUCCAUCACGUACAAGGGUGUGAAAUUCAUUGAUGCUGUCAACAAGAACAUCAUUGCAGAACAUGAGAUCAGGAACAUAUCUUGUGCGGCUCAGGACCCAGAGGACCUCUGCACGUUUGCUUACAUCACUAAAGAUCUGCAGAGCAGCCAUCAUUACUGCCACGUGUUCAGCACCAUAGACGUGAACCUGACCUAUGAGAUCAUCCUGACACUGGGACAGGCGUUUGAAGUGGCCUAUCAGCUGGCCCUGCAGGCCCAGAGGACCAGACAACAGCCGAGCGCAGCCGGAGCCACCGAGAUCAUCCAGACCAAGAGCAGCAGACCUGUCCCCAAACCACGAGGGAGCAUGCGCAAGUCAGGGGUGGAAGCGAUGGAUGUGGACGCUCAGAGCAGUGCAACCUGGAUCCUGGACUCCAAAGAUCCCAAGCGCACCGUCAGCACCAACUGACCGCUGUGUCGGAUGCCAGACAGAAAGGAAAGUUGGGAUGCCAGUGACAGCAUGACUGUGGAUGAGACAUCACUUGUAGUGUGUGUGUGUGUUUAUAUAGAUCUAUGUUAAGUGUCAGAAGUCUCCUCACACCUGCAGUGAGAUCCUCCCAUCCAUCAUCAGGCUUUCACCGUAAACACACGAGCCAAAAACAAACAAAAAGAGUCCCGUCCACUCAAACACUUAACAAAACCUCUUCCUCUGAAAAACAUCUGGCUUUGAUCAGAUUUCAGAAGCUCUCUGACACUGGAAACUCUCAGCAGUCACUGUACGCUCAGUCUUCACUUUGAUUUCUUUGAGAUUGUUUUGUUUUCAUUGUGAAGCGACCGUCGACACGCUUUCGUUUUGUCUGUGGUCUUUCAUCUCACAAAGUGUAGAUGCUUUUAUUUUGUCUGAUAACUUCGAAAAUAAACCCAUUGAGUUGGAAACACUGAUUCCCGUUCAGGCAAACACUGAUUAGAGAGUACUGCCUUGUCUUUUGAUGUCCAGUUAAGAUCAGUCCAUCUGUAAGUUGAGCUCUUUGAUUCUUAGGGUCAGUAUUUUUAAGUCAAGUGGCAAGACCAUUCACACAUGAGAAUUGUGAACUAUGGUAUGAGUUUCAAUAGGAAAGGUUUGGCCUUUGAAGGUUACGGAGAGAAACUGUUGAUUAUGUUGUGACGUCUUAUGGUACACUAUUAUUAAGUUAAUAUGUUUAUGAUGGAAUGAGAAUGCUACAGUCCAGAUCCUGGUUCUUGUAGUGACUCUUACACGUAUACUGUGAUUUCUAAUGCAAAACAAUGGCGUUAAUGUGACACUACAAACAACAGCGAGUUGUUUUUAUGUGUAGAGUUUUGUGUCUUUGCUUUAGUGAUUAAGUUGCAGAAAGCAGGGUAUGUCUAAAAAAAUGAAAAUGAAAUGGAUGAAAAGUUUGAAUUUUUUUUUUAAAUUUGCAUAAUCCUCUGUCAUGGACGAACUUGCGCUUAUGUUUUGUGUAGCUAAUAAUGCAGAAACAUAAGUUGUAGAUGGGAAAUAUUCCUGUAUACAUUUUAGCCCUAGUUUACAAGGAUUUUAGGUCUGGUACUUUUUAUUUAGAUUUUUCUCUUCUUUUUUUUCAUCGUUUUUAACAUGGUACGUUAAAAAUGGGUAUAGUGCUAAAUAGAAGCAGAUGCUAAUGCUAGCACCUGUAACAGCCGCAGUGUUUGCACAACUAAUCACGUUAGCGAAUACAACGGUGACAUAUUCUUGGUAAAAUGAUUAAAAUGUAAACAAUAUCAAAUUGUAAAGUAAUCCUGGGUGGUCUGUUUUUUGAUACUUGAAUGAUUCUGCUUUUAUAGAUAAUUCUCUCUAUAUAUGUAUAUGUAUGUAUUGUAUGUAUUUUUAUUUUUUUUCUUUAACUUUUUGGUCAUGUUUUUUUUGUCAUAUCUAGAGAGGAACGUCUUUUUAAAGCUCAACAUAUCAUGAUGUAAGUGAGCAUGAGACCGUGACAGUGGAAUCUCUGAGAGACCUUGCCACAGAAUCAAAGAACGAUUGUAAAUAAUCUUGGGCUUCCAGUCUUUUUUAUGAUUAUUAUUUUUCAUAAUUGUACAUCCAAUAAAUUAAGAGAUGGUA